GACUGGCCCUCAUUCAGUCAGGCUGCGAGUCUCUCCACGAACCGACGUAGCGCGCCGUUAGCGACAACACACUCACGAAAUUCUGUUUAAUUCUUCUAGUAUUUUAAUGUAGUGACCGUACACCAACUUCCAUUCUGGUAAACCGUAGUUAGGCAAUCAGGCGACCGACGAGUUUCCAAAAUACCUUUUGUGAUUGCCGUAAGGAUUUCACGGACGAUCCAACAUGUUAAAAUUAGUAGCCCUCGGGUUGCUCUUAGUUUCUACGGUGACUGGCCAAUGCUUCUACAAAGAUGAUUCUUCGAAGAAACUGGACCCUGAAGCCCGCACGUCUCUCUAUAAGGGCCAAUUGGAGUUUACCCUAAAUCUAUUUAAUGCCAUUAAUGACGAAAAUCCCACCGACAACAUAUUCUUUUCACCAUUCUCAGUGUACCACUCUUUACUGCUAGCUUACUUUUCUUCUGGGGGACAGACGGAAGAAUCUCUGAGAGAGUCGUUGCAGAUAGCGAAAUCUUUGGAUAAAAUCAAUUUGAUAUCAGCAUAUAAGGCAGACCGGCGGUCCCGAGCGACGAACAAUAACAGCGAGAGCUAUGAGUUCAACAGCGCCAACAAAAUGUUCGUGGACGAGACGCUCGACGUCAGACAGUGCUUACUCGACGUAUUUGAGGAAGAACUAGAAAGACUUAAUUUCCACGAGACGCCCUCGGAGUCGCGCGAGCACAUCAACAAGUGGGUGGCGACGGCGACGAAGAACCACAUCCAGCAGCUAAUACCCGAGGACGGCAUCACGCACACCACGAAGCUGGUGCUCGCCAACGCCGCCUACUUCAAAGGCGUCUGGGCCUCCAAGUUCCCCGCGGAGAGAACAAAGAAAGAGGCUUUCUUUGUUUCCGAAACACGCCAAACGCUGGUACCGUUUAUGAAGCAGAAAGGCACUUUCCAUUUCAUGGUGAGCGAAGAUCUCGGCGCGCAGAUUCUGGAGCUGCCGUACAAAGGCAACGACAUCAGCAUGUACAUCCUUCUGCCACCCUACUCCAUGAAGGAAGGCGUGAAGAACAUCAUAGCCAACCUGACGCCCGAGCGGCUGGCCGCCGUGGUGGAGGAAAGCUACAUGGGCCGCGAGGUCAUCGUCGAGAUUCCCAAGUUCUCCAUAGAGAAGAGCCUUCCUUUGAAACCUAUCUUGCAAACCGUGGGAGUCGGCGACUUGUUCAACAGCACAUCCGACUUCACAACGCUCACGGACGACCACGUCAGCUUCGACGACGCAGUCCACAAGGCCAAGAUCCAAAUCGACGAAGAAGGAACCGUGGCGGCAGCGGCGACGGCCAUCUUCGGCUUCCGCUCGUCCCGGCCGGCGGAGCCCACGCGCUUCGUUGCAAACUUCCCUUUCGUCUACCUCGUGUACGAGCGCCCCACCAACUCCAUCCUCUUCAUGGGCGUCUACAGGGACCCUAAGAAGUAAACAACACAUGCGCUACAAAACUGUUUACUUAGGAUUUUGCCAAAAUCGACGCGGAAUCGGCUCUAGCCGACUAAAAAUCGGUCGUUAGUAUGAAACGCUUACGCGUCGUCGUAGCUGAACGCAUGCGUCAUGUUCAUAUACUAACGAGCAAUUUUUGGUCCACGAAAUCCGAUUCCGCGUCGAUAGGUUUGGAGAGACCCUUAAUUGCGACGUUUAGACCUAUCAUUUGUGACUUUAUUUUUACUCAAGCAAAGAGAAUACUAUAAACUACUUGCAGGGCGUUUUUCCAACCCCUCGUCAUUGCACUACUACUACCUACUCGUAAUGUUGUGACACUAAUGUAUAAAAAGUCGCUAUUAGAUUUAUUUUUAUGGCAAAGCGUUGCGCUGAAAAAACAACUGUAUCUAUAUUAUAGCAGCACGCUGCACCGUCUAUCACCACCAUACCACAGAAAAACAAUAUGCCUCAUAAAUAAAGUGUGAAAAUUUUGGACUUGUAAUAGUACCUAAUUAAGCCGUCAGCAACUUGCAAAUCUUAGUUGACUGCUAGCCUACUCAAAGUGUACGAAACGUAGCUGUUUCUACCGCUCUUUCGUAUUGGUGCCAAACCGCAAUCGCCAGUUGUGUUUCGUUGGUCAAGAAGCGUGAACGAUUGUCACUUUGGCUAGACCGUCAGAUCAUUAAGUAUUACGUAUGUGAUGUAUUUUCCAUGUCUUAACAGUAUGCUUUUUUAAUUAGGUACUAUCCAUUUAAUAGCUCAGGACAAACACAUUCCAUAUUAGGUAUACAUUUACAUUCAAGCCUGUACAAAUCAUUAUUUUCAUAGUAUGAAAAUACUCGCUAUAGUAGGUACCAUUAAUGGGUCGUCAUUUAAGAUAGUUAACCUACACUUAUGUAGUUUGUGAUGUAGUAAAAUAUCAUUUCUGGUGUGAAUUGUAAAUGAUAGUGCAUCCUUUUCGCACUUUCUGUAAGCGCGAAGGGGACGCACCGACGCGAUAGGCUAUCAUGCCACCGGGCUAGGCCUGCAGGAGUAAAUUACUAGACUAAAAUACUAUAUCUGAAAAAAUAACCACGAUUGUUACGGAUCUGUUAAAUAACUACCUACAACCAUUUCUUUAUUUCUACAAUGUUGGUAAAAUGACUUUAAUUCUCGUCACCUGCCUAAUUUAAACAAAUACUUUAGAAAACUCAUUUUUUUACUUUUAUUAGUAAGUAAUUAUAUAGGUAGUUUUAAGAUUACUACUAUGUAUUUCACUAUUUCUAAUGAGUACGCGUUCAUGUGAAACGUAAGUUUUAUGUAAAAAUAAUUUAUUAUUAAAUAGUUAUUAAUA